GCAGGGUCUGGGGCUAGUCAUGGCGUCCCCGUCUCGGAGACUACAGACCAAACCAGUCAUUACUUGCUUCAAGAGCGUCCUCUUGAUCUACACUUUCAUCUUCUGGGUGAGAGAUGGAGGAGCCCGGGGACGGGAGGGGGUCCUGGGUUUGGGUGGGGGGUGUGACCCUGAGCAGAGGGCGCUCAGGCCUGGGGGUGUGGGGAGGGAGGCGCGGGUGGGGUUCGGGCGGCUGGAGCUGUUGGGACCCCGACGCGGGCGAAGAGUCGCUGGGGCUCGAGCCCGGGCAUCCUGCCGGCGCCGGGGUCAGGGUCCCGGAGGAUGGCAGCCAAUAGGCUGUGCUGGGACACAGACGGGCUUCGGGUUCGAAUGUGAUGCGGGGGACGAGGAGGGGAGUGAACACCCCGGAGCUCGCAGAGGGUGUCCCCGGGCCGUUGAGAGAGGCGAGGCUUGCCCCGCCCCUCUGAGGGCUCACCCGCAUAAUAGUCUCUUUCUUUUCACCGCUUCGUAAGAGGGGAGCAUUUCGCAGAUCACUGGUGUUAUCCUUCUUGCCGUUGGUAUUUGGGGCAAGGUGAGCCUGGAGAAUUAUUUUUCCCUUUUGAAUGAGAAGGCCACCAAUGUCCCCUUUGUGCUCAUUGGUACCGGUACCGUCAUUAUUCUGUUGGGCACCUUUGGCUGUUUUGCUACCUGCCGAGCUUCUGCAUGGAUGUUAAAACUGUAUGCAAUGUUUCUGACUCUCAUUUUUUUGGUUGAACUGGUCGCUGCCAUCGUAGGAUUUGUUUUCAGACAUGAGAUUAAGAACAGUUUUAAGAAUAAUUAUGAGAAAAUUUUAAAGCAGUAUAACUCUACGGGAGAUUAUAGAAGCGAUGCAGUAGACAAGAUUCAAAAUAAGUUGCACUGUUGUGGUGUCACCGACUAUAGAGAUUGGAAAGAUACUAAUUAUUACUCAGAAAAAGGAUUUCCCAAGAGUUGCUGCAAACUUGAAAAUUGUUCUCCACAGAGAGAUGCAGAUAAAGUAAACAAUGAAGGUUGUUUUAUAAAGGUGAUGACCAUUAUAGAGUCAGAAAUGGGAGUGGUUGCUGGGAUUUCUUUUGGAGUUGCUUGCUUCCAGCUGAUUGGAAUCUUUCUAGCCUACUGUCUCUCUCGUGCCAUAACAAAUAACCAGUAUGAGAUAGUGUAAACAGCAAACCAUGGGCCUAUUCCUCUUCAACUUUAAGGACAUUUACAUUCCCCCUGUAAGCUAUGAAAUUGCCUGGAUGGAAGACUAGCUACUACUGCUUACAAUAGACCAAAAACUUACAUAAGUAGUCUGAUUCAAUCAAGACGUGUUCAGUUUAAGUCCACCUUUUGUCCCAUUGAUGUUAGAUCAUUGAAACCCCUGUAUCACUGUGAAACACUGGAAAAGCUAGUAAAUUGCAAAUGAUGCAAUACCGUGUUCCUCUUGACUUUUAUUUUUCAAAAUCGCAUUGUGAAUCUGCUAUUUUGAUGUAGUGUUACAAAGUGACUGCUCUGAAUUUGCUGACUGAUGUAAUGUGAUAGAAAAUUGACCCUUCCGAACUGGCCUCUUCCCAGAUGAGUUAAAAUUAUUGUCUAAUUUUCAUCAAGUUAAGAUAUUUUCAUUACUCUCUGUUUUGCUCUCAAAUUUAUAUUUGAAAGGUUCUAAUUAUUACUUAAUGGUGUCGGAAUUACUGUAUUUUCCUUAGGAAUUGAAAGCAAUUCAUCUUCAUUAGCGUUAGCUGCUAUUUCUUUAUCAGGUUGAUGUGACUUAAUUGUCAGUAUCAUGGUCAACUAUAAUAGUCUUAGUUUUGGUUUGUGCCUUUGAUUAAAUAUAAAUCUUCCAC